CAAAAAAAGACAGGUCAGCUAAAGCACAGUGUGAUAAGGUCAAAACGGAACAAUUUUUGGUAUAAAUAAGCGUUGCAGCGCCUUGAGAAGACAUUAGAAGUUUAUUUGUCAAAACAAAAACAACAAAUCCAAAAUGAAAUUCGUUGCUAUUGCAUUUUUUGCUGUUGUAGCUGUUGCCUAUGCUCAACACCCAGAUGCUCAAGCUGAGACCCUUCGGAAUGAAGCCGUUGUCAACACAGACUCAUUCAACUACGCAUAUGAGACCUCAAACGGAAUUGCCGCCAAGGAACAAGGCCAAUUGAAACAAAUCGGUUCAGAAUCAGGCAUUGCUGCUCAAGGCGAUUACAGUUACACUUCCCCAGAAGGCGAGAAAAUCCAAUUGAGCUAUAUCGCCGAUGAGAACGGUUUCCAACCAACGGGCUCACAUUUGCCAGUCGCCCCAGCAGUGCCAGAAGCUAUUGCUCGUUUGGUCGAGUACCUUGCUUCCCACCCACAAACCCAACACUAAAAACCUUCCCUUCAAUAAAUCCCAAAAACACAAUUCCCAGAAUCAACUUGAACCAACAUAUUACAGCAGUUCAUUCAACUCAUGUAAAUAAUGCUCCGUUGUAACUGCCUGAAAUAUGUGAAUUUCCACAACUUGAAAUAAAUUAAAAAAAAAAAAACCAAA